AUGGCUCAACCUGAACAAAGCCUGACGGGUCUGACACAGGAGGUGGAUGCGAGUAGGAGAACUCAGAGUGUUGACAGCGUUCCCGAGGUUCAUGCUGCUUUCCUAGGAGCCAGUUCCAGAAAGCGGAAAGCUGAGUGUGAGCCCUCCGAACCCGAGGGUUCUCACGCCAAAAAGGGCCGCCGAACCAAGAGCCUUCCCGAUGUGUCGUUCGAAACGAAGGACCCUAUCAAGGAUCUUUCAUCCUCUGCGCCAAAGACUUCGGCUUCCGAGGAGGUAGAUCCCGCUGUUGAAAGUGUUCCGCAAACCUGCGAGACCGACAAGGCUAGCCUUCGCGUUAACCUUUGGAUGGAAGAGCUCGAGACCAUCCGGCGGCCUGAGCCUCUCUGGAACGAAAGCGUAGAGCUUGUGACUAUUAUGGGACCUCGAAAUGUGCCUGCAAGCACUCCCGACCAGGAGCCACAUGAACGUGCGUCUGAAGGUUCGUCCAGGGAGAGCGCUAUAGCAAUAGCUGACGAUGACGAGGAUACUUCUGGCACAUCGAGCGCAAACCCGAUUGUCUUGGGUGUCGACGAUGAACAAGCCAUUGCGACAUCAGCAUCACCCAUCCAAUCCUCCACGGCGUCGAGCGUCCAAGGGUCUGGCAGCGGUCGACCAAAGCGUGUACUCGAAGAGCCGCUGGAGUUCUAUGGCGGUGAUGGAGUCACCGAUAGCAUGGUACGUUUCCAAGACCGCAGGUCCGGAAGAGGCAAGAUUCCCGGGCCGAUGACAUCAGAUCGUCUGCUGCGACCAAGAUUGAGGAAUGAGCUGAACCUGAAAACAGAAGCAAGGCCAUUUGCGAGUCAUCCUGCUUGCAGAGAUCUAUACUGGGAAUAUCCGCUCAACUGUGAGGAGUCGAUCGCGUCGGGAGACUGGUGUCCCAGCUCGAAGGCGCCAUUACUGAAAGGCUUUCCACUAGUGGAAGAUGUCGUCUUCUUGAGAGAUGGCAAUACCCAUGGUAUUAGCAAUUGCUACUGGAACGCCAUCAGCCUGCACAUGUAUGGUACGCACGAGUUUGCCGCACGGGUCAAAGGUGAGCAUCUCGACCACGUACGUGCCGUCUUGUCCAACGAGCAUCACCCGAUGUACGACAAAUACACGGCCAUGAACAGCAAGUUCUACAAAACAGAGGCACUGCCCUUCUUGCCCGUCCAGGCCAACGUCACGCCGGUUCUGCUCAACCUGUGGCAGAUCCUCAACAUUCCAGGUGCGUGGACGCCUGCCGCAAUGAUGGAGAUUACAGCCGAUGUCUACGGAGUGUUCAUCGUCAUGUACUCGAUGCAGGGAGACCGGGUCCAGGACGGAAAGGUCAUCACCGAGGUCAAGACGGCAGGCCCGUACAAUGCUCGGCACCUGUUUCUGCUUUAUGUCGGCAACUGCCACUUCCAGCCAAUGACCCCCAACGAGUACUACGGGUGGGAGUUCCAGUGCCCGAGGAUCACGCGGGCGUCGACGAUGAGAUACCUUCAGGGGCCACAGACCGGCCAGGGCAAAGACGGCAUAGCACACCCCUGGCGCCGCGAGUUUAGCAAAAGCGUACUGCCCCCGGUGCCUGUGGACCACACCUUUGAUGUCAGGACGCUGCAGAAGACGGUGGCUGAGAAGCAUAGGGCAACUCAAAGGUAG